AUGCAAAUUCGCACUGGAUGGCUUGAUAUGCCCGGACUUGAACCACUCUACCUUCAGCAAAGCGUGGAUUUGUCUUUUUGGGGUCACGAGCAUUCUUACGAGCGGUUUUAUCCUAUUGCAGACAAGCAGUUUUGGAACGAUACUGCCGCCUACAACAAUCCAAAGGCUCCCGUUUAUAUCAUCAGCGGAUCAGCGGGAUGUCACACACCGUAUGCACAGUUCUCCAAUCCUCCAUUACCUUUCAGCGCUGCACGAAUCAAUGACUAUGGCUACUCUAUCCUCUCUGUUGUUAACUCGACACAUAUUCAUUUGGAACAAAUAUCCAUUGAGAAAAGCGAUCUCGUUGUAGACGACAUUUGGAUUACGAAGGACCCAUUGCACUUGCAUUCGGCUUCGCUGAGGUUUGUUGAGUUAGGGACCGACAAGGAAUCUUAAAU